UUAAGCCUCAGUAGCGGUUAGCGUCUCUUCAGCCAGAGAGUCGUUCGUUUCCGGCUCGCGUAGGUCUGGGUCUGCCUCUGGUGGCUACACAGCCUCGGAGGCCAACCCGUUUACUUUACGGACGGGACAGAAAGCAGCGACUGCUACUACGGUGCUGGUGAUUGAACCCAAGGCCUCACUUAUACUAAGCAUGGAUUCUACCAGUUUGACUCUACCAUCUACUACUGUCACCACUACUGCUAAUUCAAGCACCAUGCUGUUUACUUCAGUAUCAAAUGCUUUUACAUCUACAGCAGCCUCAGAGCUCUCAUCUACAACUUCAACAACUACCACCACCACUGUUACCACCAAUACUACUACCACAAUUACUAGUGGCUUUAACCUGAAUCUAAGACCACUGACAUCCCCUGGGAUUAAUAACACUGAUCCAGUCAGUGUUUCUUCUGUACCUCUUACUUCAACUGUCAAUUCAAUAGUAACUCCAGUGAUGACAUAUGGUCAGUUGGAUGGUCUGAUAAACAAGUGGAGUCUUGAGCUAGAGGAUCAAGAAAAGUAUUUUCUUCGUCAGGCCACUCGAGUCAAUGCUUGGGACUGCACAUUGAUAGAGAAUGCUGAGGAGAUUUCUAUUUUACAUGGAGAAGUGGAAAAAGUGAAACUGGAUCAGAAAAGAUUGGAGCAAGAAUUAGAUUUUAUCCUGUCACAGCAGAGGGAACUAGAAGAUCUUUUGACUCCUUUAGAGAAGACUGUGAAGGACCAAAGCGAGUCUGUUUAUCUGCAGCAUGAAGAUAAAGAAUAUGAGAGGAUUUACAAAUUAGCAGAAACUAUAGAUGCUCAGCUGAAACGAAUGUCCCAAGAUCUCAAGGACAUUACUGGUCACCUGAAUACAUUUGGAAAUCCUGCUGCCACUACUGAUCGGCUCCAGCACAUCUGCAAAAUUCUGAAUGCUCAUCUGGACUCUCUGCAGUGGAUUAAUCAGAAUUCAGGAAUGAUGCAAAAGAAGGUGGAAGAGAUAACAAAGAUUUUUGAGGAUUUUCAAAGCAAGGAGCAGGAACGCAAUGUGAAGAUUACCUUUGACUAAAGGCCAUGUCGUUAGCAUACUGAUUUUGGAUUGUUUCCUAUAAAUUUUGAUGAUGUUGACGUGUUUACAGUUACUACUUAUCUUUCAUUGCAAUAAAAUGUGCAUGCUCUUUAUCUGAAUACUCUGAUAUGAAGAAUUAUACUAUAGUAUUCUCAGAAUUAAAUAAAACUUAUAUUAUCUCCCUUAUACAGGCAGCAACCUGUUAGAUAUUGAUUCUGUAUGUGUAAUACAUACCUUAUUCUCCUAGAAUUCACAUACUUCCGCCAAUGCACAUCUUCCUUCUCUCUCCAACUAAAAUGUGGAGAGAGAUCUGCCCAAAAGUACAUGUCAACCAAUCUUUAGUGUGUGCUUGUUAGAUUCAGCAUAAAGUGUGAUAUACUGUAUAGUCUUUCUGUUCAAUGGAACUUAAUGUCUAGUUUGAGAUAAGAUUAGUUUCUAUCUGUGUAAAAUGAAUGUAGACAAUACAAGGAAGUAUGUUAUGCAUUAUAAAUGUAUGUUAUUGAAAUUCAUAGGAGGGCCAGGUGUAUGGUGGCUUAUGCCUAUAAUCCCAGUGACUCAGGAGGCUGAGGCAAAAGGCUCCUAAGUUGCCCUGGCAA